AUGUCCAACGGAGCUGUAUCUCGAUCAUCGAAAUGCAACAGGGGCAGAGUGAAUUCAAGGAACGAUUGGGAAUUUCAUGCGUCGAUGGCCGAUGCAAGAGCGCGGCUGCGGUUCGAGGAACCUAUCCAAAACGGAUGUCCGGCUGCACGGAUGAGAGCGGGGUACGUUUGGCUAUUUGGGAUAGCCGCCGCUGUCUGCGCGGUCCAAGGCCAAAUCCAACCAUCCUCCAUGAUGCAUUUCGAUCGAGAGGCGACACCAACUGGACGGGAUUGGUCUUGGCAAAACGAAGGCGCGCAACCCACGGACAACACUGGCGACAGGGGUGUUUCUGAAUUAAACGAAAACAUCGAAAACGUCGACGACAAAUCGAAGGAGCAACGAUCGGCUGAGGCGGUGAUCGAGGAAAUUCUCGUCUCUAAUCGACAGGGUCGCAACAUCGAGGGUUACGAUCAGGUGUACGCCGACCCUAACGUGAAGAACGCCCUUCAAUUGGGAAACGACACGAUCGCUCGAUCCUACAUCAGGGACAAACUAUGCUCGCUGGGAUUGAUGAAUUGCGAAAACCUCGAGGGUCGUCGACCGUACUACUCUCCUCACCGCGGAAUAUAUCCUCAGGACAUAAUCUACGCUCAGCCGGUCACCAUUAAGCCAGUCGGAAGACCGCUACCAGCGAUUCCAGUGAAACGACCUUACGGUUCAUCGAAACCACUGCAGCAUCCUCUAUCACCUCCUGGCGGUUUCGCCUCUUCUGGUCCUCCGCCAGAGGUGAUCUACGGAAUCGGCGGUUCGCCUCAUCCCCCAUCGAUUUCGCAGUUCGGACCCCCGUCAGGUCUGAUCGGUUCCUACCCAGGCUUGAAGAGGCCAGGUCCUCCCAGCUCGUCGUUCAUCGGAUCGAAGCCUGUGUACGAGGUGGGAUCCGCCAGCGAUAGCUUUCUGUACGAAGGUAACGAUCGCUUCAUCGACAAGAAGCAGAUCGCCCUGCGACCGUCCGUUUUGGGUUCGGACUCGGUUCAGCAACACGUCCAUCAUCACUAUCACCACGGAGAAGGCGGCCAAACCGGUGGCCCGAGCCCAUCCGUCGGCUAUGGCCAAAGUUACGGAUCCGCGGGCACUACCUACGACCUUCCCGCUGGCGGUUACCAAGAUUUCGACGACUACAAGAAGGCGUUCAAAGUGAAAGUCCCCACAAACAAGGAUGGAAACGGUCUGAGCGGUUUCGCCUCGACGAGCAACUACGCCGACCGGUAUCCCGUCUACGAGAAACCCACGCUAGAGCUGAAUUUUGGUAAAACGGAAAGUCAGAAGACUGGCAAGUACUACUCGCCGGGGGGCAACUAUCUGUCCCCCAACACCGUCCCCGGCACCAACGACUAUUCCCUCGGGUCAGCGAGCACCACCAGCAACAACUACUUCUCUCAAAACCUGUACGAAAACGACAACAACGACUUCGGUAACGAUUUCUCGACGAGCUACGCGACGGACUGCGUUUGCGUCCCCUAUGAACAGUGUCCUAGCGGCGAGCACGCCGGGCGAAAGGACGACCUCUUCCUCCCCAUCGAUCCUCGCAAUUUGAACAAGAACAUCGAGGCCGAGACUAUCGAGACUGGUGUGGAAGGAAAUGGAACGCUAUCGACGAAAGACAGCGAGGGUGGAUCGACGACUUCUGAAACACCCAGCGACAGCGCGAGGACCAAGAGGGAGGCUGGUAGCGACGACUCGGAGGCCCGGAAGAGGACCAACGGAGAAGGGAGACUCGACGCUAGCGAUCUGGACUCUUCGAAAUUAAACGUCAAGCCAACUUGGGGGAUCAGUUUCGGUCUACCGCAAACCGGUGGACCGUACCCCAUCGGUCAAUACGGUGGCAAUGCCCUGGUGAAUCCGUACGGAGGGUACGGUUCGUCCGAGCAGGGCCUAAAUUUCGGCCUGGUUUCCGUGAAUCCUCUCCUAGCCGUGCAAUUCACCAAAGACGAGUACGGCGACAAAGUGGUAAAACCGUUUGUAAAUUUUCACGUAACGCCCAACCGUGGCCUCGUCCAGAAGCUCAAUAACUUGCUCGCUCACAAGAAGCAGGCCCUCUACGAGAGUUACGGGCCGAAUUACGCGCCUCACUACUAUCCGUCCAAACCUAGCCUGCUCUAUGAGAAACCGUACUACGCGAAUUCGCACCAUCCUCCUCCCUAUCGUUAUCCAAGCCACCGCGAGACCCCUUACACCGACUACUCGGAUUACUACCGAGACGGGGACGAUUACGAUUACGAUUACGAGGAUCAACCUAGCCAGUAUUACGCGCGUUCCAACGUCGAUAAAAGCCAGCGAGCAGGCGGACGUGGACGAGCGGUUCCAAAAGCUGGAACCGCUGGGAAAGUAUCCUUUCCAAACAGAAGAAAGCGUGACGCGCUAUCUCAUCCGGUAGAACCGCAUUCGCGGAUACAAUUAACGAAAGACACGCUGGAGCGACAAUUCGUCAGCGGUGCUCCUCGACAAUGCGGUCCAGGUCUGGUGUGCUGUUCGAGGAGACAACAGGCGAAACCUAGGCCGGGUCAGUGCGGAACUAGGUACACUCAGGGCAUCAAUGGACGUAUCAAAACUCCAGCUCACAUCGAUGGUGACGCUGAAUUCGGUGAAUAUCCAUGGCAAGUCGCUAUUCUGAAGAAGGACCCUACCGAAAGCGUGUACGUUUGCGGUGGCACCCUCAUUUCCUCCAAACACAUCCUCACGGCAGCGCAUUGCGUGAAAACUUAUGCGGCCAGAGACCUGCGAGUUCGACUGGGUGAAUGGGACGUGAACCACGACGUCGAGUUCUACCCAUACAUCGAACGAGACGUGGCGAGCCUCCACGUACACCCAGAAUUUUAUGCCGGAACCUUGUACAACGAUAUCGCGAUACUGAGGAUCGAUCACCAGGUCGACUUCCAAAAAAACCCACACGUCAGCCCUGCUUGUCUUCCAGACAAGCGUGACGAUUUUGCAAGAAGCAGAUGCUGGACGACUGGCUGGGGUAAGGACGCUUUUGGAGACUUUGGCAAGUACCAGAACAUACUGAAGGAAGUGGAUGUACCCGUUGUGAGCAAUCAGGUUUGCGAGCACCAGAUGCGACGAACGAGAUUGGGCCCUGGCUUCAAUCUUCAUCCAGGAUUCAUUUGCGCCGGAGGAGAGGAAGGAAAGGACGCUUGCAAAGGGGAUGGAGGUGGUCCAAUGGUUUGCGAGCGACAUGGUCGCUGGCAGCUGGCUGGGAUAGUAUCCUGGGGAAUCGGCUGUGGACAACCAGGCGUUCCAGGGGUUUACUCUCGCGUUUCCUACUACCUCGACUGGAUUCAGCAAAUCGUUAACCGUUACUGAUCGUUCCGAUCUUAUUUCUAGAAUAGUAAUAAUAUAACAACGAUAAUGACGAAAAAUUACAAGCCUCUGGAGCUUCGAAACGAUCUUGUAUACAUGUAUUGCAGGGAGAAUGAAAGAACAAAGUUGCCAUUUUUUUCCAGGACUGAUCUUUCUACCUUCGUGCAAUGCAGAGAGAAAAAUUUCUUGGUAGAACUUGUCCACGUUACUACAAGUGCACGGAUUUUUAUUCUAAUUAAUAGUAACGUGUACAAGAUUUUCUGCUCGCCUUAAUUCGAUCUCGAUGUAAAAUCGUCUUCCACGAAUAGGAAUGCGAAAUGAUUCCAAAAUUGUCAACCCAUAAUUUAUAUUAAGUAAGAUAAGAGUGUAUAUGUAUUUAUGAAAAGCUACAAGUGCGAAUACGGAUUUAGGAAUGUAAGUAAAUUAAUUACAAUGUCUAUAGUUAGUCUCAGCAUCUUGACGAAUACGCGACAAUUGUGUUCGCUACUUGUUAAAAACAUGAUUGAUUCGAAGUACGUUCGGAUCGUUGAGUAAUGCAUUUUGUUUGCAAUUUAUUUGUUAUACUUCGUUCUAAUAAACUUUAC